CUCUAAGCCCGUCUGUGUUGUGCACUGCCAGUGUAUGUCGUAUUGUACCUCAGGCUUAUGGAUACCUCUUUUACUAUGACUUCACCGGCCCACUGCACCCGCCAUGAUGUCAUGUCGCCUGCAAACCCAACAUCAUAGUAGUAGCAAUGGUACAAAGUUACGGCGCAAGGGAGUGAGAUAUUUCUUACUAUAUUUUCCCGUUCUCUCCUUUCUUAUCUUCUUACCACAUAACACUCAACAAGAAAAUAUUGAGACCCUGUUUAUCUUGAUUCGACAAACGAAACCAAACACACUUGACUACCCAGUCACAACCAUGUCCACCACAUCCCAAUCCAACGUCGGCGGGCCCCAAAUCUACGAAGCAGGCGACCAACGCGUGCCUCCUGACUCUCAAAAGCCAGAGAACCAGGCACACCCGUAUAACGAGGGCAAACCGCAUUCUCAUAACAACAAUGAUUCAAAGGACCAACGCAGCAUCGCCAACCGUCUAGCCGCAUCAGGCCCGCAAAACGAGACUUCGGGAAGCGUGCAUGAAAAGAAAGCCAACGAAAUCGACCCUACUUUGCCUGCCAGACAGCAUGGGAAUGAACCGUCGCGUGGCGCCCAGAUCGAUAAGGAGAUUCAGGAUGAAGAGGCGGAGAUUUUGAAGAAGAAAGAUGCGGCUUCGGGAGGGGCGGGGAAGGGAGGUACGGGAGAUGUAGCGGGGAAGAAGAACUGAACUGAAUCAGAAAAUGGACGUGGUCGGAGGUGAAGCAGAUGAUUGAAAGGAUUCCAACAUGGACCAUGCAACGCGUUGUGGGAGUGGAUAUGUAUCAUUAUGAGCAGAGAGAGAAACGAUCUGGACAGCUCCAGAGGACCAAAACAAAGUAUAGUAUCGAGUCUACCACUGCAAUUUUACAGACGAAUGCUACUUAGCAUCUAACACUUCAUCACCGCCUAGUGGAGAGCACUCUUUAAAUCGAUUGAGCCUUGGUUGUCGUCGUUGAUUAGUAUUGGUACUAGUAGACUUGCUUCCUCUCCCCAUCCUUGCCGGACGGAGUGCAUUAAAAGGCCAGUGUUGCUUUAUCCUUACAUUGCCUUUGCCGGCCCAGAA